AUGUGGCGGUCAGCCCUCGUUUUGUACCAGCUCUUGGCACUUUGUCGGCCACUCUGGGCCCAAGAUGAUGUCACAGCCGCUGCCAUCACCCCUCAGGACUGCAGUCUGGACUGUAUCCGACAGGGAGGACCGGGAUGUGAAUACUGCAGAAUAACCAGAAGUGAUGUGAGGAAGGCUCUGGGUUUUAACUCCAUCGAAGCAUUUGGAAGUUGUAUUCCGUGGCCAUGUUUUGAGUUGCUGGGAGAAGAGAACCCUGAAAUCUGCCGGCACUACGUCCAAGCGCCCAAUGAUGUGACGGUUGAAUCUCUACAUGAACCAAACCCCACUUCCGACACCAUUGUUGUCUCCUGGAAGCCCAGCUACUAUGGGAUCGCCUUCCUGCGAGGCUUUCAGGUGUCCCUUCAGGCUUUGGGAGGGUCUACUAUCGCCUGUCAGCUUUUGCUCUUCCGUCGUAACCUCUCCCUGCCCGCUUCACAUGCUCAAAGGGUGUACAAGUCGGACCCUUUCCCCGGCCUCUCCCUUGGGUCCCAGUAUGCAGUUACUGUCAUGGCUCUGCCAGUGCCCGAGGAGUGGGAGAGGUUCUACAACAGCAAGAUCUUCUCCACACGCUCAUGUGCAGAGAAGAACGGUCUUGAGCAGUGCAAAAAGGACUGGUACCCCAAACAUAUUGAGGUCAAGCAGGAAGGCACCGCCAUCACUGUGACGUUUAACCUCGCUCCGCCAAACCUGGGCAUCAGAAGCUACUUCUCACUUUGUUACGCUAACGGCAUGACGAAAUACACAGACAUAACAUUUAAUUCCACCAUAAACAAGACUCACCACAGCUAUCAGUUGAAUGACCUUCAAGAGGGAACCAAUUACACGUGUGAGAUUGCAGCUAAUGAAGUGGAUGCAGUGAGAAAAACGUUCAGUGUCCAGGUCGUGCGCACUCAGAAAGAAGGUGCCUCGCUGCUCUCUGUCACUGCCUCCUUGGCUCUGAUGCUUCCACUGUGCCUGGCUGUGGUAGCCAUGCUUGUAGUCUUAGUGGCUGCUCUUACCAGGAGAAAGUCGAAGCUGCAGAUGAAGAAACUUGACAUGAAACCAGGUAUUAUCAAGCAGCAUCGAGAGAGCGGGACUCAGGAGGAAGUGGUAUCAUUAUCCAGAAGCAAGCUGACCCCUCCUCGUCUUCUGAUUUGCUACAGCAGCUAUGACUGCCCCGCUCAUGUCAAAGCUGUCAUGCAGUUAGGGGCCUUCAUACAGCAGCACAUGGGCACACAGGUGUGCCUGGACCUGUGGGACUCUCUGAGCGUGGCUGAGGAGGGCAGUAUGGCCUGGCACUGCCGCCAGAUCCGGGAGUGCGACUUCGUCUUGGUGAUCUGUUCUCGGGGACUUAACCAUGGACCUGAGCCUCCAGAGCCAGAGGGCGACGACGAAGAUGAGGAGGCAGACACGGGGCUGGACUUUGGCUCCAAAGCCUUCAGGUUUAAUGCAGCUGUCCACCUUAUUGGAGAGGAGGUGGGCCGAGCCAAAGCCAGGGCACAGGACCUGUCCAAAUACAUGGCGGCCAUUUUUGAGUACUCUGAGGAAGCUGACAUCCCCACUGAGCUGAGGCUGGUAUCGCACUACACACUGACAGUUGACUUACCGCUGCUCUUCUCCCACCUCCAUGGAGUGGCUCUGCACAGGCCUGGGGGUUACCUGAAGGUAACCCACAUCUCAGAGGAAGGUUUUGCCAAGUUACCAGCCGGAGCGGCUCUGCAGUGGGCUAUCUAUGAAGCUGGAAUAGCAAUGAGGGCCAAAAGACAUCACUCUGGGUAA